ACGCAGGAGAACGGAAGUCGGGCUCUGGGACUUGGGGAGGAAGGAGGUGCUCGGCUGACGAUUCUCCCCCACCUCCUCCGGACACGGGUUGCGCGUGCGCAUUUGCACAUUCUAGUGCCUUCUAGAAAAAGUGGAUGGCAGGGCGGAGCUUGUAGAUAGGGUGUAAUUAGAAAGGGCGGGCCCUUCAAGGUAAAACUGCGCUACGGAGUGUGGUGUGUUCGUUUAACGGUCUUGUUCUCGUUAAAUGUAUGAGCUUGCUCGGAGAGCGUGCGGCGAGUCACAGCAUAAGCUCACGAGCUUAAGCUCGGGGCCUGAACCUGGGUGGGACGGGGCAAGAGUGUUACACGGGCCAUCCGGGGAAAUGACAACCACGGCUUCUGAAGAGAAACUGCAUCUUGCGCUGCCCAGUUUCUCCUAUUGCUCAGCGGGGCUGUGUGUGGGUUCGACAACGACCGGCCGAGGCUUUGCGACUACGGGAGCCGAAUACGGCAACGCGAAGUUAUGGGUGCCUCGGGCCCGCGACUCAACGCUAAAGGCUCUCCUAACCUAGUGCGUUGCGUUCCGCCCCCAGUCGCGUUGCAGCGAGGUGGUAGGCGGGCUCCAGGGUCGCGUGCAUCUCGGCGUAGGCGGUGAUUGGAGGAGCAGAGGUGACGGACCGCCCUCUCAGCCGCUCGGCGGAGGGGCUUGUUAGUUCCGGGCCGAGACGUCGGUGACCUCCGGCAUCCGAGUUCUUUUCCCUGAGUUAAUAUGGCUGCGGCCGGCGAGCGGUUGGGACCUCGAUGAGGAAAGGACGCGAGGCUUUUCCGAGGCUGUGCUCGCGAUCCCUCAGCGAUGGCGCUCCGGUCGCGGUUCUGGGAGUGGCUGUCGGUCUGCAGGAACCGCGGGUGUGGGGUCGCAGCGCUCUCCACCAGUUCCAAGCCAGCGGUGAAGCCUGGAGUGGAUCCUCUGGAAAAUGAAGCCGUCGCGCCAGAGUUCACCAACCGGAACCCGCGCAAUCUGGAGCUCUUAGCUGUGGCCAGGAAAGAGCGGGGUUGGGGGACAGCGUGGCCCUCCCGUGAGUUCUGGCACAGGUUGCGAGUUAUAAGGACUCAGCAUCACGUGGAAGCACUUGUUGAGCAUCGCAGUGGCCAGGUUGUGGUUUCAGCGUCCACUCGGGAGACGACUACAGAGUGCCAUGACAGAAGGUGGUGUGGUGCUGCAGGAGCCCCGGAGAAUCUAUGAAUGAACUAGAAGCAUUGUUCGAACGUAUGGAUAUAAAGCUGUGAGCUGUUACAUCCUUCAGAAGAGAGCAUCUGGAAGAACAGCCAGCUUGGAAGUUUUAUACAAUCACGUAACAGUGGAAUGUUAUUACCAGUUAAGAAGGUCGUCCCUUUCACCCCGUGUGUGUGUGUGUGUGUGUGUGUAUCUUGUUGUUGCUCAUCAAGGGCUAAAUUCUUACCUUCUCUUGGACAGAAGUACCUGAGAAAAGCUGUUGCCAAUGAUAAUUAACUUUCGAAGGACAAAUUGUUUAUAAGCUAAAGAAUAAAUGCAUAUUAUGAACA